CCCAGCAGCCGAGCGGGACGCCGCCGAAGCCGUCUUCUUCACCGGCGGCGACCUCGGGCGUCGCACGGCGGGCCUGCUCUCGACCCUCGACGACGACGCGUACAGGAGGGUCUGCCGGGCCGUGCUGGACUCGCACGACCUCACGUUCGUCGACCUGAGGCGCCUUCUCCGGGCCAGGAAACCGGAGGCAGAGGCCGCCGUCCGGGCGCUGCACCACGUCGUCGCCUGGAUCCAUCCUGGCAGCGCGGCGGAGCUCGACAGGGUGAACCCAAAGUCGAAGAACAAGCCGCAGCUCAUCGACCACCUACGCACCGCGCUCGACAGCCUCGGCUCUUCCAGGGGGGGCACGUACACGUAUGCCAGAGACGCGGCGUCACAGCUCCAACGACGCGUCCUAGACAUCGCACGACAUAGCGCCGAGGCUUUCCUGACGCCGGACGGACGGGCGCUCCUCGCCAGCAGCAUCAUGCUCGUCGACGAGCCGGCGUACGGGAGACGCUUUGGCCACGUCUCCUGGGCGCAACUACUCCGCACCGCCCGGCGCAUUACCGACCCGGAGCAUACGACCUACGUCCUCCGGCCCGAUUGGGACACGGCCAACGCCAGCGACGACCGCGGCCGCGCGCGCAUGCUCACGCUCGUGUCCGCCUUCUGCAGUGAUCUGUUCCGUCUGGGCGACCGGCCCGUCACCUCGAACGACGCCGCACUCCUUGCACUACAGCGAAGAGUCCAGCAGGCCCUCGCGUCGUCCGCCGGGGAGCUGCCAGGUCUCCCGCUCCUCGGACCAGCCGAGCCUGAGGCCAGGGAAGGGAGGGAGCGCAGGGAGUCGGAACUCGAGCGGGAGGGGGGGGCGUUCGACGGGGACGGGCCACACCGGCGCACCGACGCAUACGACGACGACGCUGGAGCCGGCGAGCAGGGCACACGCGGGCGUGUUCGAGGGUCCGAGAAGCAACGCCCCCUCCGCCGGCCGCCUCCGCCAUCGGCCCAAAAGCCAAGGGAAGUCCGGAGUGGCGACUACGGGAAGACACCCUCUAUCAGCGGCGGGGGCCGAGAGACGCAGGCACAUGACGACGACGACGACGCCGCCGCCGACGGCCAUACCCCGCCCUCGAGCUCCCCAGCGUCCCGGCGACCGUCGCGCGAUGGGCAACGGCGAGUGGGGGCCACGUCGCCGACGCCGGGUCCCCCGCGGACGCCGAGCGCCUCUACCAACAAGCCAAGGCCACAGUGGAAGACAGGACCUAGAGCGAGGAGGUUAUAGCUGGUCCGCAGCCAUGGACGGAAGUCGAAGACGGAUAGACGGGCCCAGGAAUACCAAAAGAUCAUCAUCAUACCACUAAGUUCAUCCAAUAGCACAUUCAAUACGUAGCGCCGUAGGGCCCAUUCCGAACAUCAUAAUCGUAUCUUACCGUCCAAUUUCAUACAUUCUUUCCACCACCUCUAUUAUUAUAGCACCGUAUACGAGUAACAUAUCGGGUUCGGGGCCAGGAUAGUCCAGCCUAAAGAGACGGCGGAUACG